UGCCGCACGUGUUCUAGUUGGAAGCGCUUUCCGGGUCCAGAGAUGGCUGAUAUGGAGAUACAGAAUGCGGGAGCCGAGGAAGGGUUCACCCAGGUCACCCGAAAGGGUGCCCGGCGGGCGAAGAAACGGAAGUCUGAGCAAUUGUCUGAAGCGGGGGAGGGCGGGGACGCGGGCCGCAUGGAUACGGAGGAGGCCCAGCCGGCAAAGAGGCCGAUCUUCCCGCCGCUCGCUGGGGAUGGACUGCUGAGUGGGAGAGAAGAAACACGCAAAGUUCCAGUUCCAGCUAACAGAUAUACACCAUUAAAAGAGAACUGGAUGAAGAUAUUUACUCCUAUUGUAGAACAUUUGGGACUCCAGAUACGCUUUAACUUGAAAUCGAGAAAUGUAGAAAUCAGGACUUGUAAAGAAACCAAGGAUGCUAGUGCUCUGACAAAAGCAGCUGAUUUUGUAAAGGCCUUUAUUCUUGGAUUUCAAGUGGAAGAUGCACUCGCCCUCAUCAGGUUAGAUGACCUCUUUCUGGAGUCUUUUGAAAUUACAGAUGUUAAGCCUCUAAAGGGAGACCACCUGUCAAGGGCAAUAGGAAGAAUUGCUGGCAAAGGAGGAAAAACCAAAUUUACCAUAGAGAACGUGACACGGACACGAAUAGUUUUAGCUGAUGUGAAAGUUCACAUCCUUGGCUCUUUCCAGAACAUCAAGAUGGCAAGGACUGCCAUUUGCAACCUCAUCCUAGGAAAUCCUCCAUCAAAGGUUUAUGGCAAUAUUAGAGCUGUGGCUAGCAGAUCAGCAGAUCGGUUCUGAUUUCAAAUUAGACUUUUAUCAUUGGACUCUAAAGAGAAAGACCUGAUCCUCUGCAGGUGGUCACACAAAACAAUGUGAAGAAUGUCUCAUAAACAGAAGAGAAAGAUUUAACAUUACUCAAUAACUUUUAGUUAUUGACAAUUCAUAUAUUAAAAUAUAAUGUAUAUUUUUCUUUUGAGUCACGUAGUGGAUUUGCAAUUAGAAUCCUCGUUUAGAGGAAAUGUAUUACAUAAACAAUUCUAUGUAAGUUUUGGGUUUAUUUAUAAGUGUGUAAACAUUUCUUCUCUGUAAAUUGUAAUUAAAAGGAUCAUCUCAAAA